AACAUUUUUUCUUAUGUAAAUUCCUAUAUGGAUGAGAGACAAUUUGAUAAGGAAAGCAUGAAGGUGGUGGUGGAGAUUCUGACCGGAAACCUCCUUUACAUUCAAGUCGACGACGAUGCCAAAGUUAAUGACCUAAAACAAGAGAUCGAAGCUCGGGAAAAUUUGGCCAGCGAUCGUAUGAUCUUGGUUGUCGAUCAUAAAGACCGAAACCGGAUUAUAACAAAAGAAGAAGAUGGAGCUUCUCUAGUUGAUUUUGGAGUGGAAGAUGGAUCUCACAUUUAUCUCUUCUUCAGUCCUCUCAACACCGAAUCAUCUUAUCAUCAUCUUUUCACUUUACCAGAAUCUCUUUUGGGAUAGCAGUUUAUCCCAUUGCGAAGUAGACACCAGGGUUAAGGAAAAACAAUCCAAAAUU